AAUAACAAUAACAAUAACAAUAAUAAUAAUAACAAUAAUAAUAAUAACCUGAAUAAUUAUAACAGCCGUAUUGGCAAUAACAUUAAUAAUAAUAUUAAUGUGAAUAUGAAUACGAAUAUGAAUAUGAACUAUAUCAACAAUAGAAAUAACCAAAAUCAAUUUAUUAAAAAUAAAAGAGUAGAAAUAAAGCCCUUGAAGGUUCAAAAAUCUAAACCAGCUAAACCUGUUAAGGUAAAACCACCAAAGGAAGAAAAGCUUACUUCAUUUCAAGAAAGAUAUUUAAACAAUGCCGAUUUGGUUUUUGAAUUUUUUGAAAAUGCAAAUUUCAGAUUACAUUUACCCAAAGAUGCGAUUGUAGAAGUGAUUGGUGACUCUGAAAAUGAUCAAGAAUUUAAAAUGAGCUUUUCAUAUCUUUUAAUUGUAGAUGAAACAUCUGUUGAAAAUUUCAAUAGAAUGUGGAAUGACGUUUUAGAAAAAAAAAAUGAUGAAAAAAAACAAUUGGAGGAAAAAAAGUUGCAAGAAAAACGAUUAUUAGAAAAGCAAUCAUUAGAAAAACAGAGACUGGAGGAGACUAAUAAAGUAAAAGAGACUCAAAAAAUUGAUCCAAGUGCUGGCACUUUGACUAAAAUAGAUAAUGGUGAGAUUAAAACUAUUCAAGAAAAUGAUACUGGAAAUGGGAAAGAAAACAUUGGUGAUGAAGAUUCCAAACUUCCAGUGAUACAAGAAGCUGAUUUGAAUGAAAACCAAAAGCUAGGUGAUGAAACGACUGUAAAAUCAGAAGUUGAAAUCAAAGCUAUCCCCAAACGUGCAAGAAAAAAAAGAGUGAAUAGAUACGGCAAAAGACGUAAAAGUUCGAGAAUUGCGCAGUCAUCUAAGGAUCACCAGCUGGGGCAGGAUAUUUAUAUUGAAGAACACCAACUUAAGGAGGAACGAAAAAAGAAAGAGAAAUUGAACAAAGAACAAAAAGAAAAAGAAGCAGCUGAAAAGAGCAAAAAAGAGAAGAUCAUAUAUACUCCCUUUACGUUUCAGGUAUUAAAUAUUCCUAAACGGUUUGUGCCAAUUCUCAAAAACAGUGUCAACAAACCUGAGGAAGUGAAGGAAAAAAUGAAAUUAAUAUUCGAAAAAGGAGUAAGAACGCCUAAAUGUUACUUGUGGUAUCAGAUUGAUGGGUUCAAAGAUGAAAAAUUAGGAGAAGAAUUAAGGCAAAAAUUAGUUCAUAAUAGUUUAGCGAUGGCAGCUAAAAUCAAAAGAGGGACUAAGAACUAAGUUGAAGAUCAAGAAGCGAAAAUAGCAAAUUAUUUUGUGUUUUAUGAUUUUAAAUUAAUAACUUUUCAAUUUUGUUUUUUUCUGUAUAAUUUAUCGUUUUUCAAAUUUUUUUACAAGUUUUC